AUGUCUCAAGGUGACAGAUGCAGGCCCUCUGCCCUGUGCCCAGAGGAGCCUAGCUGCCCCAAGAGUGACCCGGGGGAGCCAGCCAUGCCCGGAGAGGGGCAAGUACUAUUUUCUUUCGUCCCCCAUGACUGGAGGGUUUCUACGAAACAACAGCCUUGCCGGGAGUGGCUCCCAGGAGACAAUCUAGGGACCCCCAGCAGGCCCCCGCUCAGGAAGUCCAGCGGCAGCAGAAGCAGCCACAGCAGCAGCAGCAGGAGCAGCCACAGUAGCAGCAGCAGAAGCAGGCCUGCCGCCCUGGCCCCGCAAGGCAGCCGUGGGCUCCCAGACAAGGCUGACAGUGAAGCCAUCUGCUUCAAAAUGCUCCAGGACCUGAGAGGGACGGAUCUGGCCCACGUGAAAGCCGUCUCUAAGAAACUCACCUAUAUGGCCAAGGCCAACCAGAACUUGGUGCUGGAAACAAUCAAUGAAUACUUUCUGGACAACCAGCAGGGGAUGUCCACCAAACACAAGUUUCGGAUCUUCAGGGUCUUAGAAAGGAUCAUCAGGGUUGCCAGGAAGCUGAGUGCCAACAGGGACCACACCCUCAUCCAGCUGGCACUGGAAAAUAUGACCAAGAUAACGGAGCUGAAGGACGCCUACCAGAAUGCUGCUAGCGACAUUCUAGUGGCGCUGUAUGCACACUCAAAGCAACUGGUGAUACACAAGUUAGAGGAAGAAUUCCUGACUGGGACAUUCCCCCACCGCAGUUUCCUAUACACCAUGGGCACCAUCUCCUCGAGUGAACACCUACAGGACUCCCCAGAGAAAAGGGAAUACUGGGAAGAACAGCUGACUCGGGUAGGGGCCAAAUCAACUGGAUUCUUGUUGGUGAAUGACUGGGCUCAGCAGCUGAUGUGGGCUAUCACCCAGUCUGAUCGAGACUGUCCCGAGCCUACCCCUGAGAAGGCUUUCCUGUUCUCUUACUAUGGGAUGAUGCUCCGAGCAACCAACAACAGUGCUCUGGUGCGGAAGCAUCUCAGAUCCCUCCUGGAGGUGUCACAUCAAUCACCAGCCCACAGAGAGGGUGUGGCCCUAACCCUAGGACUGGUAGCCACCCGCCAUCUUACUGACGCCUGGGCUGUGCUGGACGAGUUUGGCCGAAUGGGACCUCAGAGGAAGUGUUGGAGCCACCUAAGCCACCAGGCAUUGCAUCUGCAGGGAACUUGUCCACUUCUCUUCACCCUCCAGGACACCCAAGAUGCGCAACGGAAGUGGAUGGGCAGCACCAUCCUCCUUUCCUAUAGCCAAAUUGUGGCCAAAGCCAAAGAAAUGAUCCUGCCAUGGGUGGAUAACAUCGUAUCGCGGAUGGUCAACUAUUUCCACUGCAGCAUCUGGGACGACUCUCUAAAGCAGAGCUUCUUCACGGCCACGCUGAUGCUGGUCCAGGCCAUCAGAAGGACCGAGGGAGCCCAAAGCUAUGCAUUCCAUCAGGCCCAGGAGCUCACCCGCUGUCUUGUGAUGCUGGUCGAGAAGGAGCCGCUAGAUUCCCUCUGCACCUCAGCCCGCCAGCAGGCCAUGCUCAUCAUCGCAGAUCUCAGCAAGCUGAGACCAGCUCUGGAGCCCAAGAAGAAAUCUCACUUGCUCUUCACAUGCUUCCGAAGCGUGUUCACACUGCCCCCGAUGGAAAUGUUGGAAAAGCAUACGUGCCUUCUGACCAACCCUCCUGAUGUCCAGGCCCUGUUCGAGGAGACCAGGGAGGCCCUGGAGAAGAUUCUUCAGAGCUUCCUCUCUGAGAACCCAUGUCCUGAAGAACUCCACUGCCUCGUUGGACACAUGUACAGCUGGCUGGCAUCUGAGCGAGCCCACGAGAGACAGCGGGCCGUGAAGAGCUGUGUUUCACUCCUCAGAUUCACUUACCAGAACCUUUGUUUUGAUUCAUCUUUGGAGUUCAGGCGCAUCGGGCACUUGGUGGGAAUGCUGGGCUUGCUGUGCCGGGACCCUGACAGGGUCACCCGCCAUUUGGACCUAGAAGGGAUUGGCUACCUGUGGCUGCUGCUGCUACGUCACAAAGGUCUGAAGGAGGACCUCAGUGUCAUGGGCCCAGAGCUGGAGGCUUUCAAGGGAUUCAGACAGCAGUCAGUGCCUUCAGACCCGGCUUUUCUCACCAACUACAGCUCCCAGGUUGUCAAGGCCUUUGGGGACCAUCUCUCCCUAGCCCAGCUCCGGGAUCUCAUCUGGACAGUGUUAGAUGGCAUGCGAGGCUCUGUCCACUUCCGCGUGGAGGCUGCUGCUGACAUGCUCCUUGCCAUUCUAGAGGACUUUGGGGCCAAGCUUGAAAAGGUGGCCGACAUCGGCAGGACUCUCUACCUGCAGCUGGCCUCCAUCCGUUCCGUGGCCAUCAAAACUACCGCGCUGAAGGCCCUCACCCUGCUGGCCAGGGAUCAUACCUGGGAGCUGGUGUCUGCCUUCCUGGAGUUCUCGCUACCGCCAGACAGCCAAGCGUUUGACCUAUGGCGGGCAGUGGGCACUGAACAGCACGUCAGCCCAAAGGUGCUGAAGGUCCUUCUGGCCAAGCUGCAGGAACGACCACCCCCGGAGGAAAUCAAAGGGGCCAUCGAGGAGAAAGCUCACUUCAAGUCUCUUGCUGCAAUGAACAUCCUCCACGAGGUGUUGUUUGCCCACGAGUUCAAGGCUGCCGUGCAGGAGGCCUACCCAGAGCUCUUCCUGGCUCUCGUCACGCAGCUGCACUACAUCUUCGAGCUGGGCCUGCCAGGGCAAGCAUCCCUGCCUGGCCCUCAGAGCACGGCCCUGGAAGUUGUCAAGACCCUCCUCUCCACCUCAGGCCACUGGAAAGAUCUGGCGCACGUGGAGCUUCAGAGCGGCUGGGAUCUGUUCACCAGCUUGGGCACCUACCCCAAGGGCCUCACCCUUCUCGCCAGGGCCAUGGUUCAGAACAGGUGUCCUCAGCUCCGGGCAGUAUUAAAGCUCACGGUCCCCGGCCUGGAGAGCGAGCAUGAGAGAGAGCGGAAAGUGGCCAUUAUGAUCUUCACGGAGUUUCUCCACAGCCCUACGAUGCUUCAGGAGCUGCCCAAACACACCAUCCUGUCCCUCCUUCACAAGUCGCUGGCAGACCCCAGUCCCACUGUCCGGGUCAUCGGCCUGCAGGGCCUCGGGAAUGUCCUGUUCCACCCUGAGAAGGGGGCACUACUCCAGGCCCAGCUGGGAAGAUUCCUGAAUGGGCUCUACCAAGACAGGGAGCAGGUGGUCACUGGAGUGAUGGACACCAUGUCCGAUGUGUUGUACCGCUUAGCCCAGAAGGGGGCAGGACCCCAGAGCUUGGACAUCGCACUCACACUACGCCCAUUCUUUGAUGAUGAGAGAGACCAGGUCCGGGCUGCGGCUAUCUCCCUGUUUGGAGACCUGGUGACUGUGAUGAAGGGGAAGGAUCGGUCCACCCUCAAGACCCAGGUGUGCCGGAGCCUGGUCUCGCUCCUCCUGCAUCUGAAAGACAACAGUCCUUCGGUGGUGACCAAAUCCAAAUUUGCCUUCUUCCGCUGUGCUGUCUUCCUCAAGUUUCGGCUCCGCCACACACUGUUCUGCACGUUGGCCUGGGAGCAGGGCCUGAGCGCCCGCCACUUCAUCUGGACUUGCCUGAUGUCAAACAGCAGUGACGAAUUUCACAUCCACCUCUCCCAGGCCCUCGGCUACCUCCACAGCCCCCUCCAGCACCUGCGAAUGGCUGCAGCUACAUUCAUUGGUUACAUUCUCUGUUACCACCCUGAUGCCGUGGCCCGCGCUGCCAGUGAAGCUGACAUGUGCCUCCUGUUCUGCACUUUUGAAGAUCUACAGCGGGACCCUGACCCAGCCAUCAGGGAGUUUGCCAGCAGACACUUCGUGUUCCUGCAGGAGGUAGCCAGACUCCACUGAGCCAACAGACCUUGGUUUCCACCUGUCCUCCAGCAUCCUUCAUUAGUGGCUUUUCCAUUAAAGAGAGU